AUGGUGAAGUCUGCGGUUGAGGUGGAGGGAGCGGAAGUGGUUAAGCGGCUGGGCGACAAGCAGAUUGAAGUCGAUCGUUUGCGAGAGGAACUUGAGAUGGUCAAGAGUCAACUACCAACCAAGCUCGAUGGUUCCAAGAAGAAGAAGAAGCUCAAAUUGGUCAGCGAGGAGGCUUUUGACGACUUGAAAAUGCAAGUCGGCGGCCUUGCUUCGGAACACAAAAAGCUACAGCAAGAGAACGCCAGCUCCAAGGCAGACAUCGCCAGCGCUCGAGCUCGGGAGGCCGUGGCUACACAGAACCAUCACAGCAUUCAGUUCCAGGUCAAUGCGCUCAGCCGGACCAUAGGCUCCAUUUCACCACCCGACACGGUUGUGACUCGACUCUCGACCCUGGAGAGCGACGUACAGAGCCUGCAGAGCAUUCCACCCGCCGAUCUACAGGCUGGUCUUCUGGCAUCAAAAGUCACGAACUUGGAGGCCGAUACUCGCGAACACAAAUCUCAGCACAGCGAGCUACGAACAAAGGUUACAAAGGUUGAGCGAAAGGUGCAUAGCCUGAAUGCCGAAACAACCGAUUGGACAGAGACGCUCGUUUGGGUGAAGAACUUUAACCUUUGGGUUAUGGGACAACUCGACCUCAUAGGUGACCCGAGAACAAUCUUCCCAGGAGUUGCAUGGAAGGAAAAGGCACAGAAAGAAAAGUCGGAAGAGAUCUGUGGGUGCAAGUUGCCUGGUCCGCUUGAGAAGAAGAAGCAAUAG